CGUUCUUGUUUCCUCUCUCAUCUUCCCAAAAUUACAUUCUCUUUUCUCACUCCCCUAUCGCUCAUCGAAGUUCCAUUUUCAUCAUGUCACCACCAUCAUACAUUCGUCUCCAGCCAUUCUCCUUUUCCGUCUUACCGGACCAUCCCUCUCUCACUCAGAUGCCAACUCGACCACCCCUGCGCGACUUCCUCCACGACAUUCUGACCGAAGCUCAGUCCUUCGUGUCUGCCAUUCCGACCACUUUCCAUCCUACCCAUAAACCACGCCGUUCACCCCCAGCUGCAGCCCCUGUCCUCCUCUCGACAUGCUCGCUCCCCAAAGCCUGCUCUGGCACGGGUCCCAAGAAGACAAAGAAGCAGCAGCAGCAGCAGCAGCGCGGCUCUGAGUUUUGGAUUUGUCGCACAAGCGUGCACGAGAACGCAGCCCGCGAUGGCACCGCAUCUUCAACGGAGUUUCGUGCCGGGCUGAGGGAGAACCAUUCCGCACAUGAGAUGGAGUACACGCCUAGCGUAACCGCCGUCGAGACAUUGCUGGAGUGGCCAUCCCAGUCAGUGAUCGAAGGUGGGUGGCAGCGGGUGGAAACCCAUGUAAAUGUUAUUACCCAUACCUUCCAUCCGAGGACUCUCAUCGCCCCGCGCACCUUCAUCGUUCUUGUCGUCUCCGCGGACCAACCGAGCGAUCGGAGCGGCUUUGCUACCGUGCAAAUCCCACUGUCUUCGACUGUGGAGCCGGCCGAGACCCUGUCAGACUUUCUCUUUGCUGUCACGGCCGCCCAGCCCCCAAAUGCGAUACUUGCCGCGUACGCGAGUGUCGAACAGGUGCUGUUCACUUCUUCCGAGACGGACACCGACGUUGUCACCUGGACAAUGGCCACCACCUCUGAUGCUGGCGGUGCCAUCCCGAGCUGGGUGCAACGAAGCUGGACUCUGGGCGGAGCCCCAAAGGCUGUAGUGGCGGAUGUUGGCUUGUUCAUGAAAUGGGUAGCCAGCAAAAGGUCAUAA